UCCAAAAUAAACGUUCAGAAUACAUAAAUGUCCAUAGUUUCCCAACUUAAAAGAUGGAACUAACGUACUUCUUUCCUCUGUGCCUCUCCACAUGUUAAUGGUGAAAGCAUAUGAAGUUUUGACAUACGUAGAGACUUCUGCUGUACGCCACCUGUAGCCCAUUUCGAUCACCGGCAGAAAGCUAAAACAUCGUUUUUCGUUUAGAAUAAAGCAGUUAUUUAAUCGGACAAAAAUAAGCAGCUAAUAACGUUUUAAUAUUCCAUCAAAAAUAUAAAUAAAUAUAAUUAUUUAUUAUCAUGUGUCAAAUGUCCUUUGACGUACAUAUUUUUUAAUUGAAUUUUUAUUUUUUUGUAUCUUAAAUUGUUUAAAAAUCAUAUAUAUUUUAUUCUUACUCAAUGUAUUAAGUACAUAAUUAGUUAUCAAAAUUUGAACUUUUCUAGACUCGAAAUUGAAAAUUCUUUAUGUAGGGAACGUAGCAGCUCAUUGUUAAUGGACUGUAUAUUGUUUUGAAGGAAAGUUUCGUGGACUAAAUUAUGCACUCCCACGAUUGUUCUGGACAUGGUCCACCUUCUUAUUCUGUUCACCAGUCACUUGAUGAAUUAGAAUUUGAAAGAGGUAUAUGGGGUUCAGGAACAAUUACACAGUGUGGUAUAGCCAUUUCUGGCUCGUGUGCCAACUAUAUCAGUGACAUCUGUAACAUGCUAUGGAUGGUAACAUUGAAAAGUUAAACAAAAUUUUGAAUAAUGUUGAUCCUUCUUUACCUGAUUCAAGUGGAUAUACAGCUUUACAUUAUGGUGCUAGAAAUGGAAGAGAGGAUGUGUGUAAACUUUUACUUGUGAAAGGAGCUAACCCGAAUGCACAAACUAAUGGAGGUGCUACACCGCUACAUAGAGCUGCUUAUGUCGGCAAUUCAAGAAUAGUUUCUAUGUUGCUACUUCAUAAAGCUAAUCCAAGUAUCUGUGAUAGCGAUGGAAAAACACCUCUUCAUAAGGCUGCUGAAGGACAACAUCAUGAUGUAAUUCAAAUGCUGGUUGCCUUUAGUCCAGAACUAAAACAUGUCAAAGAUAAAAGGGGCUGUACUGCUCUAAAUUACUUAAAAGAUCAAUGUAAACUCAGCGAAUUAUUAUCCUGAUUUGAAAAUUGUAAUUGUACAUAAAAAAUGUUUUAUAUUUUUA